AUGCAGGCCCUGACAUUCGGCGCAACAUGCUCGCCGUGUAUUGCCCACUAUGUAAAAAAUCAAAAUGCUAUGAGUUUCAGCAGCAGCAAGCCUAGAGCAGUCGAGGCAAUUCUGCAACAUCAUUAUGUGGAUGAUUUCAUUGAUAGCACCGACACCAUUGAUGAAGCUACACGACUUGCAAAAGACGUAAAGUAUAUUCAUGCAAAUGCUGGGUUUCAUGUAAGAAACUGGAUGUCCAACUCAUCAGCUGUUCUUAAUGCAUUACAAGAAAAAUGUGAAAGGUCAAAUUCGAGCAAAGCCUUUGGGAUGAAUGACUCUGACACGGCAAUAACGGAAAAGGUAUUGGGCAUGCAUUGGAAUACUUCCUGUGAUUCCUUUACAUACGUUUUAAAUUUUAAUACAUUAAAUAGAAAAGUCCUUACGGACCUUACGGAGAAAAAAGUACCAACAAAGCGUGAGGUUCUUAAAAUUUUAAUGUCUAUUUUCGAUCCGAUGGGAUUUCUCUCCCACUUUCUAGUGUUUGUAAAAAUUCUUUUACAAGAUAUUUGGAGUAUUGAGUUAGACUGGGAUGAAGAACUGCCUAUACAGUUAUACGAAAGGUGUGUAAGAUGGCAAAAUCUGUUACCAAGAGUUACAGAACUACAGAUUCCAAGGUGCUAUUCCUCAAACUUAAAUCAAAAGGGAACUUCCAUUCAAUUACAUACAUUUGUAGACGCCAGCGAAAAUGCUUACGCUGCGGUGUCUUAUUUUCGAAUUGAGCAGGGAAACAAAGUUGAAACUAUUAUAGUAAGUGCGAAAACAAAAGUAGCUCCCAGGCGUCCAUUGUCUAUUCCUAGGCUUGAACUGCAAGCAGCUGUACUCGGAGUACGCCUUAUGAACUCUAUUUGUAAUGCACAUAGUUUUCCCAUAAGUCAAAAGUUUCUGUGGUCCGACUCAAAGGCUGUGCUUUCCUGGCUCCGCACUGAACCCCGCAACUUCCAGCAAUUAGUGAUGUAUCGAGUUGGAGAGAUUUCGGAAUCCACCAACAUUUUGGACUGGAAAUGGAUUCCCUCAAAAUUAAAUGUGGCAGAUAAAGCAACAAAAUGGAACUCCGAUCCCGAGUGGGAUGUAAGAAAUGAAUGGUUUAGAGGCCCAGUUUUUCUUCAAAAAAGCUCAAUUGAAUGGCCAGAAAUGCCAACAAUCCAAAACAAUGACAAGAACGAGUUCCGGCCACAUCUGUUACUAAUUAACCAAAUGAAAGCAGCAAUCAAUAAGUUGAUUGAUGAGAACCGCUUUAGAACCUGGAGAAAGUUGAUGCGAUCAGCUGCGUUCGUCUUCAUGUAUAUGGAGAAAAUGAAGUAA